AUGCCUCCACACGAGCUUCAUGAAAUGAAUUCACUUUGGCCUUUCGUAGCUUGGAGCAUGGAUGUUAUCGGACCGAUAGAGCCAUCAGCAUCGAAUGGGCAUAAAUUUAUUUUUGUUGCCAUUGACUACUUCACUAAGUAUCGCACAACAGUUAGAACCUCCAUCUGGUCAACUCCCUAUUUGUUGGUUUACGGGAAUGAAGUUGUGAUACCUGCUGAGGUUGAAAUACCUUCCCUGAAGAUUAUUCAAGAGGUCGGACUAAGUAACAAAGAGUGGGUCCGCGCUCGUUGUGAAGAACUCAUGUUGAUUGAUGAAAAGAGAAUGGUUGCCAUGUGUCAUGGUCAGUUAUAUCAGCACAAGAUGAUUCGUGCUUUCAACAAGAAAGUGAGAGCUCGAACAUUUGAAGUUGGGCAAUUAGUUCUCAAAUGCAUACUUCCUCACCAAAAAGAUUACAAGGGCAAGUUCGCUCCAAAUUGGCAAGGUCCAUACAUUGUUCGCAAGGUACUAUCUAGAGGGGCUCUGAUUUUUUCUGAGAUGGAUGGCCAUGAGUGGACCAAACCAAUCAAUUUUGAUGUGGUGAAAAGAUACUAUGUUUGA